AAGGUCACUGGAGGAGGUUCAUCUCCACCAGGAUGAAAGUAAAUCUUGGUUUGUAAGAGUUCAAGCCAUUAGGUCUAUCUUUGAAGGAAAAGGGAUUAUUUGUAAGGAAGUUGGUAGAUUUCUACCCAAAGGCUCUCGAUCUAAUAGGAAGACUGAGAGCGUUUCAGUUAAUCUAAGAUCUUGGGGGAAGAAUCUGGAUUUGGGCAACACUGGGUGCCAAGGCCCUGCGUGUUGCUAGGCAACUGAGAAAAGCCGCCCAGCCUAGUUCUGGUCUUUGGCGCACUUCCUGUCUGCGACCCACUUCGGGUCUCUGGCCACUUUGACUCCAGCGUUGUGGGGGAGGAUCUGGCCAGAGGGGUCUGCCAGCCAGAGGCUCAGGGCCCAGAGGUAGGUGGGGCAGUUAGGUGUUCCAGGACUUCCUGAUCCCACUGAAGGGCUGCCUCCGGCACCGCCAUGAAGAAGCUUUUCACCUCACGGAGAAGGAAGGAUGAGCCCCGCGGCUACACCCUUCGAGAUAAGAAUUUAAAGAAACUUCACAGAGCUGCCUCAGUCGGGGAUUUAGAGAAGGUGAAGGAGUAUCUUCAGCUCAAGGAGCAUGAUGUGAACACGCGGGACAGAGAUCUCAGAACACCUUUGCACCUGGCCUGUGCUAAUGGAUAUUCAAAUACUGUCUCUCUUUUAACUGAGAAACAGUGCAAAGUAAAUGUCUGGGAUGGUGAAAACAGGUCUCCAUUGACUAAGGCAGUACCAUGUGACCGGGAGAGCUGUGCUACUAUUCUAGAACGCAGUGCAGACCCCAGUCUGGUGGAUUUAGACGGCAACACUGCUCUUCAUUAUGCUGCCUGUCGUCAAAGUGUCUCAUUAGCUGCAAAACUGCCGAAACACAAAGCUAACCUUGAGGCUCAAAAUAAGGAGCAGGGAUUGGAAACCACCAAACUAGAUGUUUCUAGGGACUCUUAUUUUCAGACUCCAACAGCCCUUAUGAUUGCUCUCAGUGAUGAACCAACAAGUUUAGUCAAUCUUCUUCUUCAGCAAGAAGUGGACCUAUCUUGCCAAGAUAUUAUGGAUUCACAGCUGAGGAAUAUGCAUCUUUCAAUGGUUUUACUAUACACCCCUGAGCCCACAGCUGUCCCUAGACAGGGCCAUGCCCACAGAAAGCACAGACCCAGACCCACACUCCAGCGCAUAGGUACUAGACCUGGGAUUCCCCAGAGCCCUCCAGCUAGAGAUCCUGGGAUCCAGCUCCACCCACCAGUGGGUGGACACCAGCUGCAAGACAGCAGCAGCCCUGCAGUCUGCAGCCCAGGUCCACCCACUAGCAAGCAUGCUUUAGCUUCGGGACAGACCUCACCCACUAGCAUGCAGACAGCAGCCAUAAGACAACCACAGCCCUGCAGCCUGCCAAUCUGGCCUGUCCAUCUGCAGUUUAACAGAAGCCUGAGGACACCCUGGGCCCUGUGGCCAACUGUGUCAGGAAGUGGCCCCAGCCACCAGCCACCAUGA